GUACAGAUCCUCCACCAAGGAUGACACUCUUUAUCCCUCUCGACGACAGCAAUUCGCCGUCGAACUCGCCAUCCUUUGUCGUCCGUCCUGAUGAUCCCUCGGCACAGCUACAGAAAGUCGUCAAGGCAAUCAUGAAGGCUAGGCGGAUGGUGGUUGUAUGCGGCGCUGGCAUUUCUGUGCAAGCCGGAAUUCCUGACUUUAGAUCCUCAGAUGGUCUGUUUCACACAUUGAAGCGGGACAAUCCAAAGGAAGGUCUGACUUCAGGCCGUGACCUAUUCGAUGCCUCGGUGUUCAACUCUGAAAACACCACAAGUAUGUUCUGUCAAAUGAUCGCCAGACUAUUCGAGAUGUCCCAGGCGGCGUCCCCCACGGCCUUCCACGAUGCACUUCGCUCCUUGAACGAGCGUGGGAACCUUCUCCGAGUCUACACGCAGAACAUCGACGCUCUGGAGCAGAAAUCAGGACUUUCCUUCGGUGUCCCUGACUUUGAAGACCGCCGUUAUGGACCAAGGCAAAAGUCAGCUUCCAAUGCCAUUGCGUCUUCGUCCAAUACUGCCGCUGGACCCCCGUCUUCAGGCAGUUCAACCCCGUUCUCCAGUAAAUCCCCCUCUAGCUCCCGACAAUCCUCUCCCUCUGCCGAAACCCCUCGGUGCAUUCCCCUGCACGGGACCCUAUCCACCCUCCACUGUCUAACUUGUACGCACGUGUUCCCCAUUGAGGACCACCUCACUUCGCUGGCUCAGGGCUCUCCUCCGUGGUGCCCCGAGUGCACCCAGAUGGAGGAAACGCGGCAACUCGUCGGCAAGCGACCACGGCGGGUCGGGAAACUACGCCCAAGCGUCGUGCUGUACAACGAGGAUCACAAGGAUGCCGAAGGUGUCGGAGAGAUCGUUCGUCGCGACCUUGUCGGGGCGCCCAAAGGCAAAGGGCGGAGUGGAGCGGAUCUGGUUUUGGUAGUGGGUACGAGUUUGAAGGUGCCCGGCACGAAGCGGAUAGUCAGAGAGUUUUCGAAGGCGGUUCGGACAAGGGCUACGGGAAGCGCUAAAGCCCCUUCGUCAGAGUCUUCACCUUUAUCUUCUCAGUCGAGUUCUCGUUCACAGCCAUCAUCAAGUAAAGGUGACAGUCGAGAGGACGAGCCUCCUAUACGAUCGAUAUAUCUGAACUUGGACUUUCCUGUGCCGACUCGGGAAUGGGACGGCGUAUUUGACGCGUGGGUACAAGGUGAUGCUCAGACUUUCGCGCGCAUGCUUCUUGAGGAGGUAUCCAAAGAAGCUAUAGCCAAGGAGCAAGCCGCUGAGCGCAAGCGGAGGCGAGAGGAGGACGCAGCUAUGGCCCAAGAUCUGCCUCCCACACCCUGCUCGAUGAAGAAGAAACGGAAAGUUGACGUUGCUGCAAUCAACGCGGAUUUGUACGGCCGCCAGAAAUCGCCUUCGCCUGGCAAUAUGGCCUGGAAUGGAGAAUCUGCCUCGAGUCGUACUUCGCAAGCAGCGAAGAGAUCCUCGACGAAGUCUGCCGAUUCAGAAGCCGCGCCAUUGGUACUACGUCUCCCCCCUCUGAAGCAAGUGACAAAGACGCCCAAAUCACAGCGGCAUUGUGUCCCCCUCACACCUCCGGUCACGCCCUUGCGCGACGAAAAGCACCGUUCUCAGGUAUCUCCCAUCUGACGGAACUUUUUGCGCGGACAUCGAUAUUUUAUGUCGUCCCGAGAAUUUUUACUUGGUGCAAGACCGCCGUGGCAGCUUUACUCAUACAUGGACUAGCGCACCAGCAUACGCAUGUUGUUCACCCUUAUCAUGACUUUGUUGGCCUCUCGGUGAGGACUUGUAUCCUUAUUGUGUAAGUAUUCACCCUUUGUAUCACUCGUCUACCUACCUACAUUAUGCUCUGCCUAUAUGGCUCGUUAAUUUUCAUCUACACACUAUUAUCC